CUCUUAACUUUAAACCACAUACACACUGCCUUCCUCUUCUUGACUGUCAAAUGUAAGAAGCGAGGGCCAGUAGGCGCCGAUGUCUUAUACAAUGGAACAGGAUAGAGCGGCCAAGCGCCGUCGCCUCACAACUUCUGAGACGAAUGCGCGACUGCUGCCUUUAAGGGACGUGCUAAGCUCAUGUAUGCUGAACCGGGCUGAGGUUGUUGCAUUAACUCGGACUGCGGUGCAGCUAGAGCAGCUGGGACUUCCACUUAAGGCCAAAACAGCACUUCGAGGGGCUCUGAUACCGAUUGCUACCCCGGCUGGCGUGAUCUUCCGGCGGCUGCAAAGGAUGGAACGCAGUAAUAAGUUGCGCGUGGAAGGCCCUGUUGGCUCCCUUAGUAUGGGGCUCCUGGGAUCGGCUGCGCAAACCUUCCCGCUCAGCUGGGUGCUGCCCAGCCACCCCAGCAGUCAGCAGUGGCAGCAAGCGGAGGCGGAGGCGGCGGAGCAGCGAUUGAGGGGCACGGCCGUCCACUUCACAGUGAACGAGAUUCGCUUCACCGUCAUGCGGCUGCUGCAGCUGGCCAAGUGCCACGAAGCCCUGGAGUGCUACUGCCGCCAGCACCAGCACCAACAACACCAGCAACAGCAACAACAACAACAACGACAGCAGCAGCAGCAGCCUGGUUCAGCCGAGCCUAACCAGCCCUCCCUUGCACCCUCAUCCUCGCUACCGCCCACUGCCGCUGUUGUUGCCAACGCCUCACACCUUCCUCUCGCCGCUCCCGCAGCAAAUAGCCUCUGUCCGCAAGACCACCAAAACCAGCAGCACCAACAGCAGCAGGUGCUGCUACAGCAGAUGUUGCAGGACGAUUGCCUGCGAGAUGAACUGUACGGCAUUCUCACUGUGCUCCCCUGGUCGGAUGAGACCUGGGCCAGCCUAACCCCAAGAAUGGUGCCCUGGGAUACGACCGCAGCGGAGGCGCUCCUAGCGGCGGCCGGCGGGCAGGGACAGG